AACAAGCUUCUACUAGUUCAUUUGACUGGAGAAAGAGUGCCAAAUGUUUCCUCUCUUGUUUUUGGCUUUUGUUGUAGCCAUUAAGGUAUUCAAGAAGACUACUCCAAAUGGAAAAGUCACGGUUUACCUUGGUAAAAGAGACUUCAUUGAUCACCUGGAUAGUAUAGAUCCCAUUGAUGGAAUUAUUGUUGUUGAAAAUGAUUAUCUUCAGGGCCGAAAAGUUUAUGGACAGGUGACAACAACUUUCCGCUAUGGACGAGAAGAGGAUGAAGUUAUGGGCGUCAAAUUCAGCAAGGAACUCGUUUUGUGCCGUGAGCAAAUAGUCCCGCUGAAGAAGGAAAAGCAGGACAUGACACCUGUUCAAGAACGUCUUCUAAAACGACUUGGGGCAAAUGCAUAUCCAUUCCUGUUUCAAUUCCCACAAAGUUCACCUAGCUCUGUUACAUUGCAACCUGGUGAUGAUGAUCAAGGAAAACCAUUAGGAGUAGAGUAUACUAUUAAAGUAUAUGUCGGUGAACAUGAAGAAGAUAAGGGACACAAAAGGUCGUCUGUUGCAUUGGCCAUAAAGAAAUUACAAUAUGCUCCACCUACAAGAGGACGUAAAUUACCUAGCUCUUUGGUUUCUAAGGGAUUUACAUUCUCUCAGGGUAAACUGAAUCUUGAAGUUACACUAGACAGGGAAAUUUAUUAUCAUGGCGAAAAAGUAGCUGCAAACGUUAUAGUUACUAAUAACUCUCGAAAGGCAGUAAAAAAUAUCAAGCUCUUUGUGGUACAACAUUGCGAGGUAACAAUGGUUAAUACUCAAUUCUCUCGACAUGUGGCUAGUUUAGAAACACGUGAAGGUUGCCCAAUUACACCCGGUGCAUCUUUUACAAAACAAUUUUAUCUUGUACCAUUGGCCAGCAGUAAUAAGGAUCGCCGUGGAAUUGCUCUUGAUGGCCAUUUAAAGGAUGAUGACGUGAAUCUCGCAUCUUCAACUAUGGUCGCAGAGGGAAAAACUCCUAAUGAUGCUAUGGGUAUUGUUAUCUCUUACUCUAUUCGAGUAAAAUUGAAUUGCGGCACUUUAGGAGGCGAAUUGGUUACGGAUGUGCCAUUUAAAUUGAUGCAUCCUGCUCCUGGAACUGCAGAGAAAGAAAAGGCUAUUUUGAAGAAGAAUAAAAGUAUUGAAAGGACACGUUACGAAAACUCUUGUUAUUCAAACGAUGACGACGACAAUAUCGUAUUUGAAGACUUUGCUCGUUUGCGCUUGAAUGAACCAGAAUAAACAAAACAUUUGCAAAGAGACAAAUACUUGCUUUGAAAGAAUCUUAGAUUCAUAAUUAUAUGUAGAAUAUUUAAAUCAGAACGCAAUAGAAUUAGCAAUAAAUAAUACAAUGUAAUGUAUAUAUGUAGAAUGCAUCGAUUCUGAGAUUCUUUUGAUGUGAGUUAUGUCUAAGAUUUGAAACAAGCAUAAAAAGGUACAGAAGGUAAAAGAAUUAUAAUAUCCAUAUGUGCUCUCUGGCCUAUGAAAAUGAAUAUUAAUAUAACAAGAAAGGUUUAAUAAAAAAAAAGUACAAAAAAAAGCGAAAAGUAUUUUAUGAAAAAUGUAUAUCGUCUUACAAUUUCUAUCCGGUAGUGGUGGUCGGUUAGAAAUUCACAUAAAGGCGAAAAAAAAAAUAAUUCUAAGUAAGCUUAAUAAGUAAUUUAUACUUGGCUAAGAUAAAAACUAUCCCGCCUUACCAGAAGUGACAUGUAUGCUAUU